CACAGUGGGAGAAUAGCUGACGAGUAACUGAAAAGCUCAAUUCGUCUUGGAUUUUGUGGCGGAUUUUGUAAUAUUGCAAGUCAAAAAGUAGUUGCUAAAACACUUAACUUAGAAGCGUUAUCGUUUCCUUCAGCGCGUCCUGAACCAACAUUGACUGUUUUGGAGUCUUUUUUCUUCCUCAUCUGUAACUGAUUUUGGCUUUUUUUUGGCAAGAAAGUGAGCCUGCGUUAAACUCACAUACAAAGUUUUUUUGCCCGCGUCACACAUUGUCAUGCAUUUUUGUUCUUCUAUAUUUGCCAUUCUCACCGGCAUUGCGAGUCUGGGGACAGGCUAUGCUGCGUUAAAUCCAGAUCAACUAAAUUUUGAACGCUCGGACAAGCAGCUUCCCCACGAAUGGACGAUUUCUGAGGGUGCUGAGGUUGUUGAUACCUCUAUCGCUUUGACACAAGUUUCCGGUCGCAGCUACCGAACCGGUGGACUGUGGACCUCAUCUACAAACUCUUUCAAAAGCUGGGAUUUAUCAGCAGAGAUGAUAUUUCCCAUCGUGGAGUCAUCUGAAAGCAGCGCAGGAAUGUGGUACACGAGAAACAAGGGUGUGUCGGGACCAAUCGUCGGCAGUCAAGACGGUUGGGAUGGUUUGCUCAUUACGUACACCGUCGAUUCAUCUGGUAAAGUGACAGUUCGUGGUCAUUUGAACGACGGAUCCUUGCAACUUUCUCUGUACACCGAUCCUGAUAUGCAAGCUUUUGCAAAAUGUGUCAUCGACAAGCCCGUGUCCGCUUCCCCUUCCGCCUUGUACGAUGCCCACUUGCACUACGAACACAAUGUUCUCAAACUUGACGUCAAUGGACAACAGUGCUUUGAAGCUCCGGGAAUUGCGUUGCCAACGGACUUUUGGUUUGGUCUCACUUCCGCAUCUGCGAGCCAGAACGACGUUGUGAAAAUCGAUUCGUUGCAUCUGAGUGACGCUUAUGCAGUAAAAUUGCCCCAGUCUGCUGUAGAACAACCUCAGGCUGUCGCCCCGAGCGGGGGUGCUGUGAUGAGUUCUCAGCUCAACAAGGAAUUGAACAUGCACUACGAGUUCCUCAAAGGCGAGCUUUCGCGUCUUGAGUCCCGCAUGGACAAUGUCAUGAGCCGCUUGAACGAACUUUCCGUACGGCUAAAGUCUGUUUACGAGUUUGCUUCUCGACUCGAUGAGUCGACGUUAACAAAGUCCUCCAAGGGGUAUGAUGCUUUGUACGACACGCUCGUUCAAAACCAACAGCACAUUCGCCUUCUCGAGGAGUACUUGCAGAAUGCGGUUAACAAAUACGAAAACUCUCAAAGCUCACUCAACACUCUCACGAAAGCCGAGACGCAACACUUGAAGGAGCUCGCCAUGAAGAGUCACUCCUCUUCCCGUUUCACUAACUUCUUGCUCUUCCUUAUGGGUGUCACCGGCGGCAUUAUCGCCCUGUAUCUUAUACGAAAAGACCGUCGCGGUGAGAAAUACCUUUAAACCGCUUGUCACUGCCACUUUACGAAACAAAAUUAGAAGACAUCCUGCAACACAUCCACGCCAGCUAAUGCCGUAUUUCAAAAAUCCAAGCCCUUUUACGCAAACACUGAUUAACGUGCGAGCCCACCUUACAAACCUCGUAAACAAACACGCGACUCACAUGGUAACCAAAACCACUCAUAUUUACCGACAGUCACCUUCAUUAAGUAUCCGAACUAAAUCGUUUAAAGGAA